AUGGCUGAUGUUGACCCAAGAGCCAUCUCUUCCCCUGGACCCACCCCCCAUGGACCACCUACUAUGGACCACCUUCCAGGGACCACCUCUCAUGGACCACCUCCUAUUGACCACCUCCUAUUGACCACCUUCCAGGGACCACCUCUCAUGGACCACCCCCCCUGGACCACCAUCACCACCACUACCACUGGAUCACCCACCUUGGACCACCACCUAUGGACCACCUUCCAGGGACCACCUCUCAUGGACCACCUCCCCUGGACGACCAUCACCACCACUACCACUGGAUCACCCACCUUGACCACCCUCCUAUGGACCACCCUCCAGGGACCACCUCUCAUGACCACCUCCUAUUGA